AUGCCCGGCCUCGACUUGAACAAUCUACCCGAACGGGAAGAAGACAUCGACUUCAGCGACAUUUAUGAACAGCACCAAGUCCAAGUCGACGAAGAUUUGGACACGAUCGUCGUUGUAGAUGGCGCUCCUACUGUCGACGAAGCCAAAGAAGAAAAAUUAAUGAGCGUUCUCAAGAAAUUGUUUACCAAGAAUGCUGGCGAAAUUAAAGAAAGUGGCAUGUGGAUGCCAAUGGCGCCUAACGAUAAGGGCAAGAAAGAGAGCAAAGGUUAUCUGUUCAUCGACUUUGAAUCGCCCGAAAGUGCUCAUGCCGCCGUAAAGAACUUGGAUGGACAUAAAAUGUCCAAAUCGCAUCAGCUUUCUGUCAACAAAUUCACCGAUGUCGAGAAAUACUCUAAAUUGAACGACGAAUACGCCGAACCUGAAAUUGAAGACUUCGCUUCCAAGGAGCACUUGAAGAGCUGGCUUAUGGACUACCAGGCACGCGACCAGUUUGUCAUGUACCGCGGUGACGAUGUCAGCAUUUAUUGGAAUCGCAAGACCGAAAAGCCAGAGCACGUUUAUUCACGAACGAACUGGACGGAAACAUAUGUUCAAUGGUCUCCCCUCGGUAGCUACCUUGCUACUUUCCACGCUCAGGGCAUUGCCUUGUGGGGUGGUCCCUCUUGGAACAAGAUUGUGCGCUUUGUCCAUCCUGGCGUCAAGUUGAUCGAUUUCUCGCCCAAUGAACGUUACUUGGUGACCUGGUCGAACGAGCCUAUCAGCCUGAACCGUAUGCCCGAAGGCUCAUCACAUCCAUUCAGCGAAUACGACGAGGGUAACCACAUUUUGAUCUGGGAUAUCAAGACUGGCACCUUGCUGCGUUCGUUCCCUUCGGUCCAGGCUGAGGGUCAACAAAACAAGACUGUCCGAUGGCCCAUGUUCAAGUGGUCUGCUUCUGACAAAUACUUUGCUCGUGUCGUACCCGGUCAACAGCUGUCUGUCUAUGAAGCCUCUUCCAUGGGUUUGGUUGGCAAGAAGAGUAUCAAGAUUGAUGGUAUUGUGGACUUUGAAUGGUCGCCUGCUCGUGCAGACAACAAGAACGAUCCUAAGCUUACUUUGAAGGAGGAGAUUUUGGCGUACUGGACACCCGAAGUAGGUAACCAGCCUGCGCGUGUCACCAUGAUGGCUGUGCCAAGCAAGGAGAUUAUCCGUACAAAGAAUCUGUUCAAUGUCACAGACUGCAAAUUGUUCUGGCAAUCACAAGGCCACUUUUUGGCUGUCAAGGUUGACCGUCAUACCAAGACCAAGAAAUCCACCUUUGCCAAUCUUGAAAUCUUCCGUGUUUGCGAAAAGGCCAUUCCUGUCGAAACCUUGGAAAUCAAAGACCCCACUCUUGCUUUCGCUUGGGAACCCCAAGGGGAACGAUUUGCCACGAUUACGACGAACGACCCAGCGUACGGCGCCAUGCCUGGCCAAGGCGGUGCUGCUGCUACGAUCAAGACUGCCGUCACAUUCUAUUACCUCGACCAGAGCAAAGCUGUUGCCGGUUUCCGACCAUUGAAGAAGGUUGACAAGAAGACGGCUAACUACUUGUUCUGGUCGCCCAAGGGCCGUCAUAUUGUCCUGGCCACGUUGCGCAGCUCGAGCGUCAGCGAUAUCGAAUUCUGGGAUUUGGACUUUGAGCCAUUGAGCGUGGGUGCGAAUGAAGGAGGAGCAGGUGGCAGCAAGAGCAACGCCAAGCCUGAAUUGGGCUCGAAUGUCCAGCAAUUGUCUGUUCAGGAACAUUUCGGUGUGACCGAUAUUGAAUGGGAUCCUACUGGUCGUUAUGUUGUCAGUGGCUCUAGCAUGUGGCGCAAUACCGUUGACCAUGGUUUCUGCAUAUGGGACUUCAAGGGUCAGCAGUUGCUGCAUGAAACUAUUGACAAGUUCAAGCAGUUGCUCUGGCGCCCUCGCCCCAAGAGCUUGUUGAGCGCUGAACAGAAGAAGAAGAUCCGCAAGAACUUGAGACAGUACAGCAAGGUGUUUGAUGAGGAGGAUCUGGCUGCUGGCGACGCCAACGCUGCUCGUGUCAUUGCUGCUCGUCGGAAGGCUAUUGAAGAAUGGUAUGCUUGGAGAAAGAAGGCCGAGAAGAAGAUGGUCGACGAACGCAAGGCUGCUGGCAAGGAGCUGCGGUCUGCUGCUGAUGAAGGCAAAUCAGAAACCAUCGAAGAAUGGGUCGAAGAGGUUAUUGACGAAACCGAGGAGAUUGUCGAUUAA